AUGCCUCAGGUCACACGUGCUGCACCAUAUGCCGAACCUGUCUGGUCCUCUAGGGGCUACUCGGCCUAUUACAAUGACUCCCAUCUUCGUCUAAGACGAGAGCUGCGAAACUACGUGGAGAAGGAAAUCAUACCGUACGCAGCAGAAUGGGAACAAGCAGGCAGUGUUCCAGGCGAGACAGUACAAAACUUCUGCUCCAGUGGAUUGAUGGCUGCGUCGAUAUACCCUUCGCCGUCUGAGUAUCUAGGGAGCAUAAGGCUACCGGGUGGUGUCGAACCAAAGCAAUGGGACGGAUUCCAUGACCUCAUCUGCAUCGACGAAAUCGCCCGAUGUGGCUACUUGGGGGUCAUCUGGGCUCUGAGCUGCGGGAAUGUCAUUGGACUCCCCCCGGUUAUCAUUCACGGCUCAGCAGAACAAAAGCGCAGAUUUAUCCCUGACGUACUGCACGGCAAGACGAGGUUUUGUCUCGGUGUCACCGAACCUGACGCUGGUUCUGACGUCGCGGGAAUCACGACAACCGCGGUUCGAGAGGGCAAUGUCUACAAGGUGAAUGGGACCAAGAAAUGGAUCACGAAUGGAAUCUGGGCGGACUAUUCAACAAUGGCCGUCCGGACGGGCGGCCCCGGCGCAAAAGGCCUUUCUGUUCUGGUCGUUCCUUUGAAGGCAAAAGGUGUGACACUCAAGAAAAUACCCAAUUCUGGGGUCCAUGCUAGUGGUUCCACGUUCAUCGAGCUGGAUGACGUGGAAGUCCCAGUCGAAAAUCUACUUGGUAGGGAGGGACAGGGUUUCGAGAUCAUCACUUCCAAUUUCAAUCACGAGCGACUAUGGUUGGCAUGUACAGCUCUCAGACUUGCUCGAAUCAGCGUCGAAGAUGCAUUCACACAUGCCAAUUCCCGCGAGACCUUUGGCAAGAAAUUGAUCGAGAAUCAAGUGAUCAGAUCGAAACUCUCGGCAGCAGGACGCAAGAUUGAGUCUGCACACGCUCUCCUUGAGCAGUAUGUUUACAUUGUCGACUCUGCGCAUCAAAGACGGGCUCCGCCGCCUCCUGCGAUCGGAGGUCUCGCGGCGACAUGCAAGGUGCUGGCGGGUCAAGUUCUCGAGCAUGCAAACCGGGAGGCUCAGCAGAUAUUGGGUGGUUUGGGGUACUCAAAGAACGGAAGAGGUGCAAGGAUCGAGCAGAUCAGUCGAGAUCUCCGUGUAAUGAUAGUCGGUGGAGGGAGCGAGGAGAUCUUGGCCGAUUUUGCAAUCAAAGAGGAGGCAAAGCUCUUUGCGGCGAAAGAUAGGAGCAAGCUGUAA